UUCGCGUCAUUCAUUGUUGAAACUGUGUGGUGAUGGUACCAUAUGUCAUAUUAUCAGAAACUCCCACAAUUGUGAUGAAUAUAUUGCAAUGUCCUAGUGAAAACGCUUGUGCUAAAUUAGUUUUUUUUAUGAAUUAAUCUUGUGUUAAUUACCUUGUUUUGCAUAACCUGUUCAAGACAUCCAGUAAGUGUUAAUUACGUUUACUAAGUAUUUACGAUGUACGCCAAAGCCAGCCAAAUUAGAAGACUGAUUUUUGCAAACUACAAAAUUAUGUAGCGAAUUUUUUUAUGACGCCAUAACGUUUUUUUAUAGAUUAUACAUUCCAGAAUAUGUUUAUACAUUGACGUGAGAUUAUGCGCCAUCUUGGAUCCGACAUUUUAUAGCGUUUGUAAACAAAAAUGGCGGCGACAGCACCGAUUUCGGAGGGAAAGGAGACAAUUGAUGAAGCGGAAGAGAAGCUGUUGGAUAAAAGUCGAGCUGUUAUAGUGGCCAAUGAAGAUGGACAGACUACGAUAAAAUCAUCGAAAAAAGUAAAGCUGCCGGAGGAUGAGAGUCCGUCGGUAGGCGCUGGUCGGUUUACUAUCGGCCCAGCGCCAGAGAGAGACUGGGAGAUGGUCCCACCCGACGGCAAGUGGGGCUGGUUCGUUCUCGUAGGAGCGACAUUAGUGAAUAUAUUAAUACCGGGUACUAUCAAAUCGUUUGGCGUGUUAUUGGUCGAGUUCAGAGAUGUGUUUCAAGCCAGCGAAUCCGCUUCAUCUGGGAUUGUCGCCCUCUGCUACUUCCUGUACAGCAGUUUAGGACCAAUAUCGUCGAUUCUCUCAGUGAAAUGGUCUUAUCGUACUGUGACACUGAUCGGAGGAUGUUUUGCAGCUUUUGGUAUGAUAUUUAGCAGUUUGGCGUUUUCCAUCGGAUAUUUAUAUUUUAGUUUCGGAGCGAUGGUGGGGGCGGGCGCGGGGCUGGCGUUCCCCCCAACAGUGUAUAUAGUGACGUCAUACUUUGUUCGUCUCCGCGGACUUGCAAAUGGUAUUUGCAUGUCAGGGUCUGCCUUCGGAAGUAUAAUAUUGCCACCAUUGCUGCGAUAUCUAUUGGAAACUUAUGGAUACAAGGGGGCAGUAUUAAUAUUAGGUGGGGUGAUGUUAAAUGUGUGGGCGGCCGCGUUGUUGUUCCAGCCUGUAGAAGAACAUAUGGUGAGGAAAUACAAAGAGCAAGAAGAAGAAGAUGAAGUGCCUCAGCUUGAACCAUUCGCGGAAGAAGAUCCGAUUGAUUUAGAAGUAAGUCAUCCACGACUUGUUUUAACAUCAGAGGAUAACACACCAACGGAUAAGUAUCCGAACGGUUCCCCGCCAAUAUUCAAACAUAAAUCUAACCUCGCGUUAGACGAUCGAUCACCUAAUAAAUUGGAUUUCGCAAGAUCAGCAAGCGCAGCACAAGUAAUGAGAUUAACAGAUGAUAGAAGUAGAAAAAUAUCAACAUCUUCAAGACAUGGAUUAUCACAGAUAUCUUCUAAAAUAUCAAAUUACCUUCCCAGCAAUCCAUCACUACUGGAAUCCGUACCAGAAGGGAAAUCAAGUCGUGCUAAUUCUCAUGAUACUUUUGGUAGGAAACUAACAGUACCGAAAACACCGAAAAGAAGCCCAUCAACAUCAAGUUUUCAAUACAUGUCUACACCUUUCCAUGGUUCAACACUUUCAGCGUUCGAGAAACCGAGCGAAUUCGCUUCACAAUUCAGUUUAAAAUCAGUUACAGAUAGUCUUGCGCCAAUAACAUACUGCUGUGGAUGUAGGAAGAAAACUGAUGAUAAUAUCAAAAAGGAACCUAGUAAAUACUUCGAUGUCCAAUUACUAAAAGAUCCGAUAUAUCUAGUUAUUUUAAUAUCGAAUUGUACUUGCGCUAUAUCGUAUACGAAUUUCAUUAUCCUUGUUCCAUCUUACGCGGUCGAAUGUGGUUUUGAUAAAUCUUUAGGCGCCUAUUUAUUGUCAAUUAUAUCCGCGUUAGAUUUAGUCGGUAGGAUCGGAGGUUCCGCUAUAUCGGAUGUUGUAUCAACUCCUAAACGUUAUUUUUUCAUAACCGGUUUAUUGAUAUCCGGUAUCAGUUUAGCUAUGAUACCGUUAAUGCAGAGUUAUUUAGCUAUAAGCGUUUUUUGUUCGAUAUUCGGUAUCGCUUCUGGUAUUAACGUUGGGGUGACAGCACUUGUGAUGACUGAAAUGCUCGGUACUGAGAGAUUGAUGUCUUCGUAUGGAAUUAGUUUGUUUGUGAACGGCAUUUUGCAACUUAUAGGACCCCCUGUAUGUGGUAUAUGGUUUGAAUAUACACAUUCAUAUAAAUCUUUAUUUGUCACUUUAGGCUUGAUUCUCUGUAGCGGUGCAGCGCUUUGGGGUUUCGUCCCAUUUAUUCAUAGUAGAAGAAAAAAAGCAGAAAGAAUGCAACAAAAUAUAGAAGAAAAAGCCUGAAUUAAAUAUUGCUGAAUUUAAAAUCGUCAAUUCUACGUCUUAUAAUCUCAAAAACCAUCACAAAAUGUUAAAAAAAAUAUCGAUUUCCUAAAAUUAUAGGGUCCAUUGAUAUAAGAUUUUAUUUUGAAUUUUAACCUCAGACAUUUUAGAUUAAUUUAUGUCGAUUUUAUUGUAUUUAUUAUCUGCUGUUAGGUAGCUUUAAUUUUAUUAAUCAAAAGUACUCAGCGUUAAAAUUAGCUGCUUGUAGCGUUAUUAUUUAAAAUAACUUAAAGCAGUUAUUUAAUACGUUAUUUAUUUCACAUCAUUAGUAAACAUUUGACAUUGACAUGUAAACGAAUUUAUUAUUUAUAGUUUGUCUUUAAAUUUACCUUAGUUUAAUAUUCCACUCACCAGUUACUCGAAUGUUUUAGUUAUUUUUAAAAUUAACCAUAGUUACCAUUCUAUUUUUAUCCAAUUAUUUUUUUAUCGGUACAAUCUGAUAAGCGUAUUUAGCACAAUUAUUUGGAUCUGUAAUCUAUAGAUAAUGUAAAAGUUUGACAUUUGAGACAUUCAAUAGUCGUUUUGCAUUAAAAAUGGCAACAAAGAUAUUUUACGUCAGCAAAAAUCCUACGUUUUAUGCUCUUUGUUAUCUAUAGGUUAUAAAUCUAUUAUUAGUUAUAUUUUAAUGUCGAAUACAUUAAUUUUUAAAUAAUUGAUAAGUCCUUUAUUUUAUAUGCAAGACAAAUCUGUAUCUAUAAAUGUAAGAAUGUAUUUUCAAUUAUGAAUUAAA